UAGUGUCAGGUUUGGUUUGGUUGUAAACUCACAUCCAUGUCAGUCACUUUUGGCUGUGACUGACAUGCUCACACUGCUGAUUCACUCCAUCUCAGAGAUCAAUCUCUAAAUCAACACACCCAGGAACACUGGAGCACAGGAAGAUAAGGUUAAAUACAGAUUCCUUUCUCUACGGUGUUUCUAGAUGACAACAAUGAGACAAUCUAUGGAAGAUGGAGUCAGUGAGGUAUUAUCGAGUGUUGUGGAGGAUGUUGGUGAAGCUGUCAGUAGAAACAUUAGUGGUGCUCAGCUUCUUCAUGAACUACUGAGUGCUCCAUGGCUACGCGCCUUACUAAAGAUUUAUGAGUGCCUGUUGCAGUUCCAGAGAUUUACUCCAAGUCCACUUCUUCCAUGUGCCUCUGGACUCGUACAAGAGAUCAUGGUAAUUAUACAAAGAGCUAAUCGUCCUUCACCUGAUGCUCUUGAGCUCUUCAAUCUCCUCAGCUCACCACAUAUCCAGGCCCUAAUAUCAUCUCACGACAGUGUGGCACAGUGUGACUAUUUACCCAUCCUUCCUCCUCUUCCUGAUGAAUUACCCGAGGAUGAGGAGGCCAUGAGGAUUGUUUGUCUUGUGAAGAACAACCAACCUUUGGGGGCGACAAUAAGGAGGGAUGAGGAGACAGGAGACAUCUACAUUGCCAGAGUAAUUCAUGGAGGACUGGCAGACCGCAGUGGACUCCUUCAUCCUGGUGAUCUGUUAGUGGAGGUGAACGGCAACUCAGUAUUGGGGCUGGAGCCAGAAAAGGUCAUUCAGAUACUGAACAGUUCGAUUGGAACUAUUCUCUUUAAAGUUAUUCCAAGGUCCACUCAGGUCACCAGCAACCAAAAACCGGUGUAUAUGAGGGCCAUGGUGGACUACUACCCCCUGCAGGACUCCUCUAUACCAUGUCCAGAUGCAGGAAUGGCUUUCAGCAGAGGGGAGCUGCUGGAGGUGGUUGACCAAUCAGAUGCACAGUGGUGGCAGGCCAGAAAGGUUCCCUGUGGUGCUUCCUUUGCUGGUCUAAUUCCUUCUGCCAGCACCCUGAGGAGUAAACAGAGGGAGCAGUGGUGGUGCCAUCCUUCCCAGGUUCACACCUGCAUCAGGCCUUACAGCGUGGCUGAUAAUGAGGAGGAUCUAACACAAGCUGAUGGCAAGAGGAUCCAAACUGAUUUGGAAAACAAUAAAGAAAUUAACUUUGAUGAGGAGGACUCAGAUAUAACUGAGGGGAUUUAUCUUGCGGGCUUCCGGCGGAGCUUCCGCCUCUGGAGGAGGACAUCCUAUAAGAGGAGGCGGCAGUCCUGCACUUCCUGCACCCCCAGUAGCAAUGCACUGGCCACCCCUUAUGAGGAGGUAGCCUUGUAUCAGCGCCUCCCGCAGGAGAACCACCGCCUCAUCAUCCUCAUUGGUGCUUCAGGAGUUGGAGUCAACGAGCUGAGGAAGAGGCUCAUCAAACUAAACCCUUCGACCUUCCAGGGACCCGUACCUCAUACAACUCGCCCAAUGAAAGACGGGGAGCAGGCAGGCAGAGAGUACCACUUUAUCACUAAAGAACUGUUUGAGUACAUGGUCUGCAACCACAGAUUUGUUGAGUACGGGGAGAGUAAAGGUCACCUGUAUGGAACCAGCAUUGAUGCUAUUCACGAUGUGCUAAAACGAGGCCGGAUGUGCAUCAUUGAUGUUGAACCACCAAGCAUCCAUUUUUUACGAUCAAGAACCCUGAAGCCGUAUGUGAUUUUCAUCAAAGCACCAGGCCCAGAAUGUCUAAGACAAAGUCGAAGGAACGCCAGAAUCAUCACUUGUUACGCCGUCAACAGGGCAUUCACAGAGGAUGACUUUUUAGAGCUGGAGGAGAUGUCCCAACUCAUCGAGGCCAAAUGCAAACAGUACUUUGAUAGCGUUGUGGUGAACGAUGACCUACAGGAUGCUUGCAUGCAGCUCUGCUCCAUCAUCCAGCAGGCGCAGAACGAGCCUCAAUGGAUCCCUGUGUGCUGGCUGCAUGCAGAGGAGUAGCACAUGAGGAAGGCAGGGCCCUGCUGAUGAGUUCUAGGAGAAGACAAGGAAAAUUAGCUAAAGGAUAGACAUAAUCUUUCAGUCAAGCUUACACAUGAUGCAUGUAUUGCUUCAGUAUGUAGCAGAUUUCUAUCUGUCUCAUUAAAUAGAAGCAGAUUUUCAGUCUCAGUUGGGAUUCCAUCUGUUACUUUUCUUUAUCUGUGAUCCUGAAUUGAAGGCCUACAUAAAAAAGAGGAAUGUAUUCUGAAAAAUGUAAUUUUUUAAAUUCUUAGUUGAAUUGUUAUAUUGUGACUGAUACCAUUGCUAUUGCUACUAUUGCUUAAUGUUUGAUAAUGUAAAUAAAAUGGAGAAUUAAUUUCCACGAUAAACAAACCGUCAUGAAAUCUAAUCAUUUUAGGGGAAUUAUAAAAUGCUUGAAUACUAAACUGUCACUUUGUAGUUGAGCAAAGAUGUACAUUUAUCAGAAGGUAUCUCUCUCUCUCUCUCUCGAGAAGGAUAACUGUAUUGUUUACUCUACAAUUUGGAUUCCUAUUUUUUUUUUUUUUUGCUUCCAUUGUCCUCAAGAAGUUCUAGACCCACUUCUUGAUUCUUUGUGAUGGUCAGUCAGGGUUUGUUAAUUUUUUGUCCAUUUCAGUUCACAUACAUAGCUCAGUCAAAUGUAUAUGUAUGUUUUUUUAUACGCUUAAUGUAUUUCCAAAGCACACCUUGA